CACAGCCAUCAAAACCAAAAACUGUGCUGUGCUCCAAAAAUUUCAAGAUCGCAUACCUUUGCGAUUAUGAAUUCUAAGCAUGCCAGUGGCAACAGUCAUCAACAACAAAAGUAUCCGCUACAAAAUCAACGAACACAUUCAGUACAACAUGGACCGCGUAUAUGAGGAUGCAUACAUUUAAGUUGUCUCGGAAGCCAUAGCUAUCUUUAAUAAACAGAAUCUUCAAGUCGCUGGCCGGUAGCUCUUGAGAACCCACUACAAUAUGAACACCAUUCGGCCAUGUGGCUGCAAAGGAGUACGUACUUGUUUAAAAUGUGAACAAGAUUUUGGCAUUGAAAAAACCAAUCUAAAGGAUGAGUUCGAAAAAUUGGAUGCUUGGUCAUGGUGUAUUAAAUGUCAAAAGCUAUAUCGGGGAUGGAAUACAAAUGAAAUACAACUACAACAUCCAGAACAUUUAAAAGACGAUGGUUUAGACUUGCCUGGAAUUGUGGUGCAGACAGAGUUUAUUUCUGCCGAUGAAGGACGAAAAACAAUGAAUGACUUGGAUUCUUUGCCAUGGUGUAUAUCCCAAAGUGGCAGACGCAAACAGAAUUUCGGACCAAAAACCAAUUUCAAAAAGAGAAAAAUACAAAAUGGCAACUUUGAGGGAUUCCCGGAAAUCACGAAAUAUUUACAGAAAAGAUUGUGUGAGGUACCCUUGCUUAAGGACUUUCAGACCAUCGAACAGUGCUCUUUGGAAUAUGAUCCCACAAAGGGAGCAUCAAUUGAUCCCCACAUAGAUGAUUGCUGGAUAUGGGGUGAACGGGUGAUAACUGUCAAUUGUCUUGGUGAUGCUGUUUUAACAUUGAAUUUGUACAAAGACUGUUUGGAGAAACAAUUAAAAGACAUUACAAAGUAUAAUUUAGAUUUGGUGCCAACAUAUGAACAUCAGCUGUUACAGCCUCUGAUGGCGAGUGAGCAAUUGAAAAUGUUUGAAGAUAAAAUAAUAAGAAUUCCAAUGCCAUGCUUAUCACUGAUUGUUUUAUAUGGACCAGCGCGAUAUCAAUUUGAACAUUCUGUUUUACGCGAAGACAUCCAAGAGAGAAGAGUUUGCUUAGCGUAUAGGGAAUUUACGCCAAUGUAUUUAGAGGGAGGACUAUCGCAUAAUAAAGGUGUUGAAGUGUUAAAAAAUGCUACCAAUUUUUGGUAACCGAAGAAAAAUAAAUCAAAUUUAUGUUCAAAAUGCUCAUGAAAAAAUGAUUUUAAUGAAAAGCUCGAGUGAAGUGUAAGUGUAACGCUAAA